AUGUUAAGAGGCUGCGAUGUGUCGAGCAAACUCGCCCGGUUACGAGCACAGUUACUCGAGCCAGGACCAGGCGCCGGAUCAGGCGGUGGUACAGGCUUCGACGUGUCCAAGUCUGGUGACGCUCGAAUCGCUCUUGUGGGCUUUCCGUCCGUGGGUAAAUCGACAUUUCUGUCCAAGAUCACCAAAACGAAAUCCGAAGUGGCAGCAUACUCCUUCACGACCUUGACUGCCAUUCCGGGCGUGCUCGAGUACGGUGGUGCUGAAAUCCAGAUACUGGACUUGCCCGGCAUCAUCGAAGGAGCCUCCGAAGGCAAAGGCAGAGGAAGACAAGUCAUCAGCGCGGCGAAGACAUCAGACCUGAUCCUCAUGGUAUUAGACGCCACGAAACGAGCCGAACAGCGCAAGCUGCUCGAAGCCGAACUCGAAGCCGUGGGGAUUCGACUCAACCGCAGCCCGCCGAACAUCUACGUCAAAGCGAAGAAAGCCGGCGGAAUGAAGAUAACGUUCCAAGCACCGCCCAAAUAUCUGGACGAAAAGAUGCUGUACAACAUCCUACGAGACUACAAGAUGCUGAACUGCGAGGUGCUGGUGCGAGACGAGAAUGCGACGGUGGACAACUUCAUCGACGUGAUCAUGAAAGACCACCGCAAAUACAUCCGCUGUCUGUACGUGUAUAACAAGAUCGACAGCGUCACGAUGGACUAUCUGAACGAGUUGGCUCGUGAGCCACACACGGUGGUGAUGUCAUGCGAGUUGGAUCUGGGCAUUGACGACGUCGUGGAGCGCUGUUGGCACGAGUUGCGCCUCAUCCGCAUCUACACCAAGCGGCAGGGCAUCCCCCCGGAUUUCAGCGAGGCGUUGAUCGUGAGGAGUAAUAGCACGAUCGAGGAUGUUUGCGACCAUAUCCACCGCACAAUGAAGGACACGUUCAAGUAUGCCUUGGUCUGGGGUGCUAGCGCGAAACACAUUCCUCAGCGGGUUGGACUGGGACAUCCUGUUGCGGACGAGGACGUCGUGCAGAUUGUCAGUGGAUGGAAGGCUUGA